CAAGCUCAUUUAGAGGAGGUUGAAGAUCAUUUUGGAAGAGGAAAAACACCCUCAUUAAGAAUUACUAUCAACAAAUAAGCAAGAAAGGUGUUUUCAGGAUGAUUUUAUUACAUCAAAUGAUACUUUUCAUUUCAUUUGCUUCAGUUUCUCAUGAGUGUGUGACUAAGCUGUUUGAAGAUACCUACUUUCAAGGAGGGGAUAUAGCUACUGUUUUUACGCCAACCGCCAAGUACUGCCAAGUAGUCUGCACCUACCACCCAAGGUGUUUGCUCUUCACUUUUAUGGUUGAAUCUUCUGAAGAUCCUACUAAAUGGUUUACUUGUGUGCUAAAAGACAGUGUUGCAGAAACACUGCCAAAGGUGAAUAUGACAGGAGCAGUUUCUGGACAUUCUUUCAAGCAAUGCCCACACAGACUAAGUGCUUGCCACAAAGAUGUUUAUGUGAAUCUAGACAUGAAGGGCAUGAAUUAUAAUGGUUCUGUUACAAAGACGGCUCAAGAAUGUCAAGCGAGAUGCACGAAUGACUUCCACUGCCACUUUUUUACGUAUGCCACCAGCAGGUUUCCCAGCCCAGAGCAUCGUAACGUUUGUCUAUUGAAGUACACCCAAACGGGGGCACCCAGCAGAAUAACAAAGUUAGAUAACGUGGUGUCUGGAUUUUCCUUGAAGUCCUGUGCACUUUCUAAUCUGGCUUGUAUUAGGGACAUUUUCCCUGAAACGGUGUUUAUAGACCAAAACAUUGACAGUGUCCUGGCUCCGGAUGCUUUGGCCUGUCGCCGCAUUUGUACUCAUCAUCCCAAUUGUUUAUUUUUUACCUUCUUUUCCAAAGAAUGGCCAGAAGAAUCUCAAAGAAAUCUUUGUCUCCUUAAAACAUCUGAAAGUGGAUUACCAAGUACACGCAUUAAAAACGACAAAGCUUUUUCUGGAUUCAGUCUACAAAACUGCAGACACAGCAUCCCAGUGUUUUGUCAUUCUUCAAUUUACCAUGACACUGAUUUCUUGGGUGAAGAACUCGACAUUGUGGAUGUGAAAGGUCAUGAAGCCUGCCAGAAAACAUGCACUAACAACAUCCGCUGCCAAUUUUUUACCUAUGCCCCACCUCAAGAAUCUUGCAAAAAAGAGAAGGGUAAAUGUUACUUAAAACUGUCAUCGAAUGGAUCCCCAACUAAAAUACUUUAUGGGGUAGGAGGCAUCUCUGGAUAUACAUUAAGGUUAUGUAAAAUGGAUAACGAGUGUACCACCAAAAUAGGUUCCAGAAUUGUUGGAGGAACCGCAUCUGUUCGUGGUGAGUGGCCAUGGCAGAUAACUUUGCACAUCACGACACCCACCCAAAGACACCUGUGUGGAGGGUCCAUCAUUGGAAACCAGUGGAUAUUGACAGCUGCUCAUUGUUUUGACGAGGUCAAUUCACCUAAAAUUUUGCGCGUCUAUAGUGGCAUUUUAAAUCAAUCAGAAAUAGAAGAGGCUCUACCUUACUUUGGAGUUCAAGAAAUAAUAAUUCAUGAUAAAUAUGAAAAGGCAGAAAGUGGGUAUGAUAUUGCCUUGCUGAAACUUGAAACGACAAUGAAUUACACUGAUUUUCAACGACCCAUAUGUCUGCCUUCCAAAGGAGAUAGAGAUGUUAUGUAUAAUAAUUGCUGGGUGACUGGAUGGGGGUACAGAAAACUAAGAGACGAGAUACAAAAUACUCUCCAGAAAGCCAAGAUUCCCUUGGUAACAAAUGAAGAAUGCCAGACAAGAUAUACAGGGCAUAAAAUAACCAAUAAGAUGAUCUGUGCUGGCUAUAAAAAAGGAGGGAAGGAUGCCUGUAAGGGGGAUUCCGGGGGCCCCUUGUCCUGCAAACACGACGAGGUCUGGAAUUUGGUGGGCAUCACAAGUUGGGGUGAAGGUUGUGCUCAAAGGGAGAGGCCAGGCGUCUACACCAAUGUGGUCAAGUAUGUGGAUUGGAUUUUAGAGAAAACUCAAUCAUCCUGAAAGAGUACCAGGUGCGAUUUGACUCCAUGAAGAGCGAAGCAGAUUGUUCCCUGGAAGGGAUGGUUUUGAUUUCACUGAAGGAGAACCUGCCUUCAUUCCCCCCCCCCAGGAUACACCACCAAUGAGACGUGAACAAAUCUGAAGGGACUUGAUAUUUGUAAGAAAAUAUGAAAAGAAAGCAAACUGUCAUUUUCCAAACUCCCAUUCUACGAUAACCAUAGUUUGUUUUCAGCA